AUGUGUGGAGAGUACGUCGGCACUGUGCUGUUCCUCUGGUUCGCCCUCUCUGGAACCCAGGUUGCCAAUAGCAUCCCGUCAUCGGAUGGCCAGACAGUCGCUCAGAUCGGCUCGAAUCCCCAGCAGCUGCAGUACAUUGCUCUCUGCUUUGGCUUCUCUCUGGCUGUGAACGCUUGGGUCUUCUUCCGCAUCUCUGGAGGCUUGUUCAAUCCUGCCGUCACACUCGGCAUGUGCUUGAUUGGCGCGCUACCAUGGGUCCGUGGUGCUCUCCUCUUCGGUGUGCAGAUCCUGGGCGGUAUCACUGCUGCUGCUCUGGUCGCCUGCAUGUUCCCCCGCGACGGUCUGAUCAACGUGCGUACCUCCCUCGGAGGUGGUACUACUGUCGUCCAGGGUCUGUUCAUCGAGAUGUUCUUGACUGCUCAGCUGGUCUUCACUAUCUUCAUGUUGGCAGCUGAGAAGCACAAGGGUACUUUCAUCGCCCCAGUCGGCAUCGGUCUCGCCCUCUUCAUCGCCGAACUGACUGGCGUCUACUUCACCGGCGGCUCCCUCAACCCCGCCCGAUCCUUCGGUCCCUCCGUGGUCAACCACUCCUUCCACAGCUACCACUGGAUCUACUGGCUGGGCCCGAUCCUCGGCGCCAUCGUCGCCGCGGGAUUCUACAAAUUCAUCAAGAUCCUCGAGUACGAAACCGCCAACCCGGGCCAAGACAACGACCACGCCGCCAACGUCGAGCGCCGCAAGAACCUCCUCCUCGCCGCCGGCAUCAACGAAUACGACGCCCAGAAAGUCGCCCAAGAGCUCACCGAAAAGACCGCAGUCGCGCAAGCCGGCGGCCCGGAUGGCGCUGUCGUCGCCAACGGCCAGGGCCGCGCUGCCUACCCCGUCGACGCGCAGGGCAUGUACGGCACCCAGUUCCGCCGCCAGUCGACCCACUCGUCCAUCCACAGCAAGCACGCGUCAGACAAGUCCGAUGCACAUGCGCCCUACCAGCCCCAGCGCCCGCUGCCGACCACGACGGGGAGCCAGGUCGGACGCUUCAGCUACCUGGGCGAGCGCGGUGUGGUGCCGGCGGAGGCGCGGGUCGAUUCGCCGUCGAUGUCGACGAAUGACCAGAUGUACUCCGGGCUGUCCCAUGGGGUCGAUGUGCCGCUCGGAGGUAGUGUGCAUCCCCGCGUGGAGGAGCCGCGGCAGCGGUUUGGGCGGACGCCGUCGAGCUAUGCUUGA